CUCUUUUUUUUUUUCUUCCUCUUCUUUUCAUUCCUUUUCCUUUGGAGAUCAAUUCUGCAUUUCAGGAACGACCUAAUCACAUUCACCAUGCCAUUGUUGGGAAUUAGAGAACGUGUUGGAAAAUCGAGUGUGUGGAAGAGAUUUUCCGAAUUCAUCCAACGAGGCAAUAUCAUUGACCUUGGUGUGGGUCUUGUCAUUGGAGGUGCUUUCUCAAAGGUCCUUACAAGCUUCGUUGAUGAUAUUUUGAGUCCUCCUCUCGGUCUAGUCAUCUCAGGCCAUAAUUUGGAGAAUUGGUUCAUUGUUAUCAGACCUGGAAAAACUCCUGGCAAGAAAUACAACACCAUUGAAGAUGCUCAGGAAGAUGGAGCCGUUACUGAAAACGUCGGUCGUUUCCUUCAAACAGUGCUCAACUUUCUCUUGGUCGCUAUUACACUGUUUAUCAUCGUCAUGGCUGUUCACUCGUUUAGAGAAUACCGUAAGAAGGGUAAAUUAAGUGAGAAUGGAGAGGUCGAUGCGACAAAACCUGAGCCUACCCCUGCUUCUGGAGCCACGCGUACUUGUCCCUGGUGUGAUGCCAAUGUUCCGAUCAAGGCUGUCAAAUGCAUGUACUGCACCAGUUUCUUGCAUGAAAAGGUUCCGGCUGCACUCUUGAAUAAGCAGCCUCAAGAAUCUUUGAUUGAGUUGGAUGGAUAAAGAAAAAAAGUUACCAGAUGUACAUAGUCUAUUUCAAUUGAUAAAAUCACUCAG